AUGGCGUCCAUCACCAAAACCGCCCGUCUCCUCGUGCUCGCACUGUUCGUCGUCUCCGCGGCGAUCUUGCCCACCGGAGCCCGCGGCGUUGGUAUUGGCAGCGGCGCUUUGCAGCCUGACCAUCCUGCAUGCCCCACGGGGAAGUGCCCAGUUCGUGGACGUCCCUACCGUCCCUUUCCCCGUCGCGGUGGCGGGCCUGGUGCCUCCUACCCUGAGGCACCGCUUCCCCAAUUGAACGGAGAGAAACCACGUCACUGA